GGCACCAUUUCUCAUUCCCCGAAAUAGUGCGUGAGGUCGCGUAUUUUAUCUGAAGCAGAAAUUUAAUCAAAUACGGCAGAAAAACGGUAUUGCAUCUUGCUACCGUGACUAACACGGAAUAGAUAUCGAUUACUGAACUUGUUCGGCGGUCUGAACCCAAAGUUGUAUCCGUUUUGUGUUAGCAACAAUGAGGAAUUCCGUGAAACGCGUUUUCCAGCAAAAAUCAUAGUUCUAAUGCGCGCGGGGCGGCAUCGCGGAAACAUCACAAGCAAAUCCAAACGUUUGUGUAAAAACGCUCAAAAUCGCUACGGUUGAACCAUAUAAUUCGUGUCGUAUCGUCGCAGUCUGGUCGGAGACGUAUCAGUUCGAGAGUACCGCCGCCACCAUCCACUGUGCUCACGCAAGGUGAUCCAAGAGAAAAAGUGUGUUCGUGUGUGAAAUGACCGUGUGUGCCAAGAACGGUCACCAGUGAGGAAUUCGGUUGUACCGAAGCACUUAUAUAGUACAACGUCCAUCAUUCACACACUGGUGGUGUUUUCACCUUGUUCGAAAAAGAUUGUAACACAGUAACCUGGCAGAAAGCACGCAUCAAAUACAUCAAACAGGCUGUGCACUUCACGCGGCACCCUUCCGAGCGUUAUCACGAUUCCUACAAACAACGGCAAUUCCCUACAUAACCAUUUGUGGUGUAGGGUUUCUUCCGUUCACAGUGUUUUCGCUGAUUGUGAGAGACUUUUUCCUGUUUUGCGGUAAGCUCAACGUACCAGCAUUAGACUAUCAGCAAUCUCUCAACGAAAGUUCUGAUAAGCAAAGAUACAUUUAACAGCGUGCAUUUAUAUUGGGAGAGUCUGAAGGAGGGUGUGUGUUCGUUUGUGUCCAGGCAGCAAGUUUUCCUCUUCCAGAAUUGACGGUUCGUAAAGGAAAACAUACAGGAUGUCUCUCAGCCAAACGUCGGUGCUUAAAGUGUACACCACCGUCAUUGACGACGUCAUUGCCGGUGUUCGGGAUGCCUUUCUCGAUGAAGGCGUUGAUGAGCAGGUACUGCAAGAAAUGAAACAAGUUUGGACCACAAAACUGUUGGCCUGUAAAGCAAUAGAAUCCACCCCAGAAUCACAAGACCAACAAGGUUCUGCUAUGCUAUCAAACAAGUCUGCAUCUCAUGCAAAGACAAAUGGUACGAAAAAAUCAAAAGCAGCUACGGCAGCGGCUUCAGCAGCUGCAGCAUCCAACAAUCAACAGGAAAAUGGAAAAGCAAACAACAACACCAAGGCAAAUCUGGAGGUGAAAAGUGAGAAAAUACCAUCCUUAGUUCCUACCGGAAAUUCACAGCAAACGGGUGCAAAUCAGAAUAGCACCGGCAAUACUACCACCCCCGGUACAAACACCACGCCAACGACAGCACAGCAGCAGCAGCAGCAGCAAAACUCUUCACCGGCAGCCGUCGUAUCAGCGCUCGAUCCCGACAAGCAGGUUGCUAUCCAGAUAACGCUACCAGCGCAACCGAACGUACCCAACAGCCAACCGCGCGUGCUAACGAUUCAGGUGCCAGCUUCGGCAUUGCAAGAAAAUCAACUGCAUCAGGUGCUGACCAGUCCGAUCAUUUCCUCCAUUAUGCCACUCCCACCGCACAUUGCAUCGAACGUGUUGCAGCAGCAUGUUAAUAACUUUUUGCAGAAUCUUAAUUUAAACUCUGUUCCAAUCCAAAAGCAGCUGGAUGGUGCCUGUGACGACAUCGAUAUGGUGGUUGAUGAUGUUGAUGAAGGUAAAGUUGCCGCCAUAAAAUACAAACUUGUAGAACUACCAUCACUCAAGAAACGCCAGGAUCGGUAUCCGCUCGAUCGGCAGCUCAUAAACGCACUGGUAGCUGGUCAAACAUCUAGCCCCUCUAACAAUGAUAGCGAACCAAUCGCUUCAAGCAGUAGUGGCAUUAGUGGAUUGCGGUCAAAAGCAACGGUGGCACUACCUAGACCUUCUCGACGUCGUCCAUUGAAGGCAGUUCGUAAGGCGCGAUCAGCAAAUGGAGAAGAACAAGUUUCAGCCCCUUCGUUUCAUAUCUGCAGCAGCCUUCAGCUUGAUGGUGCAGUCGACACAUCCGACGAAGAAGGAAGCGACAUCAGUGACGACAACAUUGUCGAUGAUGAUGACGAAGACUUGGACAAAGAGGAAGAGGACGAUUUAGAAGCAGAAGGUGGAGCUGAGGAGGAACCGCUCAAUAGCGAAGACGAUGUAACGGACGAGGAUGCGUCCGAUUUAUUCGACACGGAUAACGUCGUUGUUUGUCAAUAUGAUAAGAUCACACGAUCUCGCAACAAGUGGAAGUUUUAUCUGAAGGAUGGUAUCAUGCACAUAGGUGGCAAAGAUUACGUGUUUCAGAAAUCGAACGGCGAUGCAGAAUGGUAAGAACGCACACGUGUGGUACCAACAAAGUUGAUUGGAAAACGGCGAACUAGUGCCUAGCAGCUGGAUCUAUUCGGUUAUCCUUCGAUGCAGGAGGUUUCAGUGUUGUUGGUAGAUAGGUAAUGCCAGCGAGGAAUGGAAGAGAAGAAUCGUCGUUGCAAGGUUGGAAUAUCUGCAUCCAGAUCAGAGCACUGUCGAGUAAUGGGUCGAUAUUUUAGAUACAGUUACUGAACAACGAGUCGUGCAAUUGUGGAGUCAAAAUGGAAAGCGAAGGAAUCCGGUUAAUGAUGCAGAUUGUAGUUUGGUUUGGUAUGAUUGUUACACGUUUUCGAAAAUCGAACCUGAUUCGGAUAUCCAUCACAUUUACGUCUACGCUAAUAAACCAAAAUGUGGGGAAUGCAGAUUAAUCAGCUGAAUAAUUCAUCACACGACUCGACAACAUCUCCUUCACUACAUUAGGCGUUUGCACUAAUGAUCAUAUUUGUUUUGUUUUUUUUUUGUCGAAAACUUAAAAAUCACACAAGAACACUUAAAGGCUCGCAGAGUGCAUUUGAAGGCCAUUUCCACUGUGUGGUAAAAAACAUCUAAAUUUAAACCCAACACGUUUGAAAACGCCGAUGGGGCGAUUAGUUUGAGUUAGUACCAUUUAGGAACAUGAACCACAUAUGCGCGAAAUGGCGCGGGCUUGUUCUCUGUAAGCUUAAUCCAUCUCAUCCUAGUGGGACUUUAAUCUUGUACAUGAAACAUUGACUAUUCAUCAUAUAAAUCAUAUGAAAACAUACAAACAAACUAACCGUUGCAACACCUUCGACAAACGUGAACGUAGCCAAGAUGAUUGUUCUGCAAUCAUUGAACAACAUAUAGCAAACACACAUAAUUUAAGAAUGUGAAGUAUUUCAAACCAUCAAAGAGUAAUUCAGGGCAGGUUUCAUUUUGUUAUCAAUACCAUUUUUAUAAUACGGCUUCCUCGAUGAUAGGAUGCAUGAUCCUCGUCCGGAGGGUGUUUUUAUGUUCGUUUUUACCCAUUUGCACACAUCUUUUGUAGAAUUAUAUCUUAUCGACUUCCGUUCUGUUCUUCUGCGCUGCACUUGGUGCAACUUUGUUCGAUAGGAGUAGAAUUAUGUUUAAGAAGGACUAGCAUAUAAGCCUAUGUGUAGUUUGUGGUGGAAAUGCUUGUUUUUAUUGUAAUAAAUAAGACGACAAGUGUACGUAGUGCAAAAUAAAAAAUGACAAAAACAA